AUGAGUAAGUGGAAAAACAUCGUAAACAGGAAAAGUAAAAACUUAUAAUUAAAUUAUAGACAAAUAUUAGAAUUCAUACUUGAAACUCAAAAUUAUGAUGAAAGAGAAAGAAUUUAUCGAAAACUAAAAAAACAACUAAAAGCUAAAAAUAGCAAGAAGAUAAGUCUUGAUACUGUGUUGGAUUAUAUAUUUUGAAUAUAAAAUAAAUAUUUAAUCUCAUAAAAUGGAUGUAAGACUACUUAAAUAUGACAUUUUUUCAUCACCAUUUGCUCAUAAACCUUCAAAAGGCUAUCUACCUAAAUACGCUGAUAGGAGUUUGACAUCAUUACUAAAAUAUAAAAAUGAAACAAUAAAACAGCCAAUCCAUUCAAAGAUAUUCAAACCUUAUGGAGAAGAAUCAGAAACAAAGACUUAGUAACUUAUGUAUACAACUGGGAAAUUAUCUUAUUCAAGUUCUGUUAAAAAUNAAAAAAAAAGAGAUACAUUAAAAUUACUUCCUUUGGAAAAAGGAUAUUGUUAGAAUAAUUUUACUUCUCAGAAUGAUAAUCUAUAAUAUUAAUAAUUUUAGUUGUAUUAAUCAAUGAAAUUAAGUUGUUAAUGUAAUUUUUUUUUUAUUUAUUUUUUUAUAUCUAUUUUAUGCAGGAAAAAGAAGUUGAUGCUUUAUGGAAUUAAUUAUUAAAAACAACUGUGGAAAUGUUUGGUUUUGAAUUUAAAUAAGAAUAUUUAUCGAAAUCUUUUAAUCGUUUAUAUUCAGAUUACAAAAUGUUCACUCAAAAAAGAAAUUAUUCACAUUUUGGAUUAUGGCUCUUUGGAUUUUAUAUUCUAAAUUUUCUAUAAAGCUUUUAAGAUAAAAACAUGUAUUUAUUAGUAUUACCAUAAGCACUGA